AGAUCGACAUGGAAACGAGUUCCUAGAUCUCUAGGAGGAGUUCUUGAUGAAGCUUUGUGUCGUCGUGUGCCUUCCUGUUUUGUCUCUCGGCCCGUUCGGACCGUCUCAGAGUAGCUCGCGCUCCGGUGAACAUGUGAACGUCUGAUCUGGUAUGUUCUGGUGUGCCUCGUUCUGAUUGGUGAUGAGUAAAGAAUGAAUCUCAUGUGUUGUAAUUACUUCCUCUCUGCAGCUAAACUGUAUGAAAGGUUAUUCACCACCUUUUGAUUCCCUAAUCUAUUCUUUUAUCGAAUAAUACUAUUUUCUUUGCCAUUGCCUUGUUUUUGCACUCUUUUUUUCUUUAUCUACUUCUGUGUCUGUGUCUUCUCUCUCCCCCCCUCUCCAACCUCAUGACAUUAUGUGUGCGCACACGACAACGGAUUAUUAUCAAGUGAUGAGUGAUUGAGGGUCUGUGUGUCCGUCUUCGAGGAGGCGCCUCUCGUGUGUGAAUGUGGGAUGAGAUGAGGAGCAUGACCGCUGCAAGCUGCCCUUCCGAUCGACAACACGUUAUCCGCUAGCAUUUUGGUCUUCUCUCUCUCUCUCUCUCUCUCUCUCUCUCUCUCUCUCUCUCUCUCUCUCUCCCUUUUCUUUUGUGUCUGUGUGUUGUCCUCCUCUCUCUGAACGUGUUUCCGUACCCGGGUUUGAAACCCGGGCCUUGGGGCGGGACUAGCGAGCUCAUUCAAUCUGCAUGUGCUUUCCCUCUAGACGUUGGCUGCCCUAACGAGAAACUCAAUUAAUCUGCUUCCCAACCAUCUUGCACAAGCUUUGCAUGUCCACUCUGGUCCUGAGGAAAUUAACAAGAGAAUAGAGAGCGCCAUCGACUUACGGAGUGGCGAUAAGUUGAGGCGCGAGAAUAUCAAGGCUCUGUCGGUGACCUUUAAAGACGCCAGCAUGGAGCAGAAGUACUCCCAGAUGAGAGACGAGGUGUUCAAGUCGAACCUGGUGUGUGCCUUCAUCGUCCUCAUCUUCAUCACCACCAUACAGAGUCUGCUGCCGUCUACCAGGCUGGUCACCAUGGUGAUCCAGUUCUCUGUGCUCAUCCUGCUGCACUGCUGCCUGGUGCUCGUCACCACGGCGGAGGACUACAAGUGUCUGCCGCUGCCCCUCCGCCAGGGCUGCUGCUGGAUCAACGAGACCUACGCCGCCCGCAACGUCAUCGUCUUCCUGUCCAUCCUCAUCAACUUCCUGGCCGCCAUGAUCAACAUCCUCUGGUGUGACUUCGACAAGUCCAGCACCUUUAGAAACCAGACGUACAACGAGUCAAUAUUCAUCCCGGACAUCUGCUUCUACCCCGAGUACUUUGUGUUCACGGGCGUGCUGGCGAUGGUGACGUGCGCGGUGUUCCUGCGGCUGAACUCGGUGCUGAAGCUGGCCGUGCUACUGGUGAUGAUCGCCGUCUACUCCCUCCUGACCGAGGCCUUCUACAGCUCCCUGUUCCUGCGCUACGACGCGGUGCACCGCAACACAGAAAACUUCCUGGGGACCAAAGAGACGUCUCUUCUGCUGAUGGCCAUGUUCCUGCUGGCGGUCUUCUACCACGGGCAGCAGCUGGAGUACACGGCGCGGCUGGACUUCCUGUGGCGGGUGCAGGCCAAGGAGGAGAUCAACGAGAUGAAGGAACUGCGCGAGCACAACGAGAACAUGCUGCGCAACAUCCUGCCCAGCCACGUCGCACGCCACUUCCUGGAGAAGGACCGCGACAACGAGGAGUUGUACUCGCAGUCGUACGACUCUGUGGGCGUAAUGUUCGCCUCCAUCCCGGGCUUCGCCGACUUCUACUCCCAGACGGAGAUGAACAACCAGGGUGUGGAGUGCCUCCGCCUGCUCAACGAGAUCAUUGCCGACUUCGACGAGCUGCUGGGAGACGAGCGCUUCCAGGACGUCGAGAAGAUCAAGACCAUCGGCAGCACCUACAUGGCCGUCUCCGGGCUGUCCCCUGAGAAGCAGCAAUGUGAAGAUAAGUGGGGUCAUUUGUGUGCGUUGGCUGACUUUGCAACCGCCCUGAACGAGAGCAUCCAGGAGAUCAACAAACACUCCUUCAACAACUUUGAGCUGAGAAUCGGCAUCGCCCACGGCUCGGUGGUCGCCGGGGUGAUCGGCGCCAAGAAGCCGCAGUACGACAUCUGGGGCAAGACGGUGAACCUGUCGAGCCGCAUGGACAGCACGGGCGUCAGCGGCAAGAUCCAGGUUCCCGACGACACCUUCCUCAUCCUCAAGGAGCGCGGCUUCGCCUUCGAGUACCGCGGCGAGGUCUACGUCAAGGGCAUCAGCGAGCAGGAGGGCAAGAUCCGCACGCACUUCCUGUCGGGCCGCGUGCAGCCCAACCCGCUGGUGCUGCAGCCCCGCAAGGUGACGGGCCAGUACUCGCUGGCGGCCGUGGUGCUGGGCCUGGUGCAGUCGCUCAACCGGCAGAAGCAGAAGCAGAUCCUCAACGACAACAACAACUCUGGCAUGAUGAAGGGCCACCACCACUACAACCGCCGCACACUACUGGCGCCUGCCACCUCCGACUCCGGGGGGAGCGGUGGGGGGGUGGCAGGGGGAGGAGGAGGAGCUGGUGGAGGAGGUGCUGGAGGAGGAGGAGGAGGAGGUGGGGGCAGCGGGCACCACGCGGAGCCCGGAGACAAGACAGAGCUUUCCUGAAGCGGGAGGAGCGGGAGGAGUCGGGAGGACGAUGUGGAGGAGGUGGGAGGAGCGACACGCUUCACGCUGAGCCCGCCAUUAAGACAGAGCUUUCCUGAGGAGGUGUGGGGGAGGUGAGCCUGGAGGUGGGAGGAGCUAGGAGGUGCACUAUGGUAUGCCUGCCGAAAAGACUGAGCUUUUCUGAUGCAGGCGGAGGUGAGAGGAGGUGGGAGGUGCAAUGUUCUGUGCCCACCAAUAAAUGCUUUCCUUAAAGUAGGAGCACCUUGUGGGAGGUGGUGAGGGGAGAGGUUGGGGGCGAGGAAGGGUGGAGGGGGAGCCAUGAGGAGGCGAAAAGGAAGGAGGAGCGCUGCACCGAGCCCACUGACAAUAAUGAGCUUUCUUUGAGGGGAGUGGACCCUGGGCAUGGGAGAUGGGAGGGGAGGGGUGUUAUUGUUCGGGGAGGAGGGGAGGAGAGGAGGAGGAGGAGGAGGACGAGGAGGACGAGGUUCAACCUUCCUCUGCUGAACGAUGUCUGAUACCCCCAAACCCCGCACCCCUCUUCCUACUCUGUGUCCACACCCCCUUUUUAUGUCACUAUGGCUAACCGACCAUUCCCGACCCUCCCUGCCCCGGCCCCGCCCCCUCACCCCGAUCGCCCCGUGUCAAUGUUUUUCGUCUUCUUUUGUAUUUCUUUUAUAUCUGAGAACACAAUAAAGGGGUCUAAUUUUUAUAAAACCA